AUGUCAUUUGGAAACUCUUCUAAUUCAUCAACGCCACAAUCAGUUGAGAAGGAUGUUACAUUCAGUGAAUGGUUGUUGGUAUUUGCAUUCAUAGUAAUCAUGGUGACAGGGGUGGUUGGUAACCUUUUAGUAUGUUACGUAUUUGGUGUCAAGAAAAAGUUAAAAUCCACUACUGAAUGGUUGAUUCUAUACCUAGGAGUCAUUGACCUCUUGACGUCAUUGUUUAACCCAACAUUAUACAUAUUCUGGACGCUUACGCAUUACUCUAAAUGGCCUUUUGGUUAUUAUGGUUGCAAGAUAUUACCAGCCAUUGGUCCAAUUAUGACAGCUGCUUCGGGGGGUGUGUUAUUAAUCUUCGGAAUUGAUCGUUUUCUUGCAAUAGUCACGCCAUUUUAUGGUCAGUUAUCAUUCAAAAUGGUAACUCUUGCUAAUACAAUUAACAUUCUGCUUUCGAUAGCUUCUUUUGUGCAUUAUAUUCUGGUGUUAAAGUUAUCUCCAGAUGGGAAUCGUUGCUACGUCUCGGGAGUGCAAACAUUGGAAUAUGCAGUACCAAACUGUUCAUUGAUUUUGUUUAGACUGGUUGCAUUCAUUGUUGUCUUUGGAGGUACAAACAUCAGUAUCUAUCUCACUUUGAAAAGAAACCAACACACCUCCACUGCCAUUGAUCUGAGAUUGCAGAGACAUGCGCAAUCGAAACGAAUCAUGCGUGUCUUAGUUACCAUGGGAAUUGUUUUCAUUUUAUUAGUAUUUCCAAGAGAACUUUUUUACCUGAUAUACAAUCUUUCAUGGGUGAACUCCAGCAGUGGCAUAGGAAGUAGCCCUACGAUAUUGCAGAUUAAUUCUUGGCUAAAAGUCAUGCAUACAGCGAACAGUUGCGCUAAUGUUUUUAUUUAUGCACAUAUGCAAACUUUAUACAGAAAGCAGAUUUUAAAAUUUCUCCAGUUCAUGGGUUGUUGUAAGUAUGGCUAUGAAUUGCAAUCGUUCUCAACGACACAUCCAUCACCAACUACAAUGUUAUUACCAUUAGGUAAAGGUUACUACGAAUGGAUUGUCAAUACGACACAACCGAAAAAGAGGACAUUCUUUCAACGUGCUCAGAAUUGGAAAAACAAUAACAACGAUAACGGAAUGGUUGUUUACAUGUGA